UCGAUUUAGUAGAUAUUAAAUAACAUAAAUUUUAAUAGACAAUUAACAUACAUUUUUCAUUCUACAUGUUUUGACAAUUUUUUAACUGGACAGUAUUAUUUGAAUGGAAACAUUUUAUCAUGUCAAUGAUUAUUUUCUCCUAAUAUUAGAUUAAAUAACACUGUUUUGAAUUGUAAUUUUUUAUGUAUUUUUGAACAUUAUGCCUCAUAUGCAGCACAUAGAUGAAUUGAUUCGAGAGUACCUACUAUUUCGAGGAUUUACCAACUCAUUAAAAUGGUUUGAUUUUGAUAUUAAAGCUGACAAAGAUAAGGGAUUCAGAGUUGAUAAAUUAGUAGAUCAAAUUUUACAGUUGGUUUAUUCUUAUGACUUUACUUUAAUUCGAGAAUUAUGGUCACAUUUUGAAAAUAAACUUUUUUCAAAAUUGGACCAUGACAUAUCAUCAGCUGUAAAAAAAUUGGAAAACAGUUUGCUCAAAUUUUAUGUUGUUCAUGCAAUAAUUAACAAUCGAUCUGAUAAAGUUAAUGAAUUUUUAAUAAAAAUGACCAAUGACUUACAAACACAAGCAGAAUGGAAAGAUUGGUUUAUGUUACCAUAUCUUAAGAAUGUAGAAGAAAAUCCUUUAUUUGCUAUUUAUUUCACUAAACAAUGGCAGGAUUCUUUUUUUGUAUCAUUGCAUAACUUUUUAUCCAUUGUUUAUCAAAUUAUACCACGACCUCGAUUGUGCCAAUAUGAAGAAGAUGCUAAUAAAAUUAAACGACUCCAAGAUGAAAUUGAUAUAUUAAAACAAAAACUUACUGAAGGAGUAUCUCAACCAAAGUAUAAUACAGUCAGUGGAUCUUAUACUACAAAACCGCCUAUUGAUAUAAUAGAUGACUUUUAUACUGUUUCUCAAGAAACAAUAAAAAACACUGAUACUGAAACGUCAAUGAAGUCAUUAAGAACACUUAUACGAACUAUAGGAGGACUUCCCACAAGUCCAAUAUUGGGAAAACAGAUGAACACAAAACGUGUACCUCAGCAUAUUCCAACAAAUACAGACACUAAUUUCAAAAAAAAUUUUGGAAACGCUAAUUCUAAACUAUCUUCAAGCCUAUCAACAUCUCCUUCUUCAAAUGUCAUGAAUAAAUUAGGAAGUACUAUUGAAAGUAGUCGUAGAACAGUAUCAAAACGAUCAAUAUCUCUUGAACGAGAUUCUAUUCGCAAUAGAAGUCCUCGAGACACAAGUUUAGAUAAUUUAGACAAAAAGCAACAAAAAGUUCCUCCAUUUCUUUUAUUGAGUCAAGAGUCAUUUAAUGAACACAAGUCAAAAAUCACUCAAUGUCGAUUCAAUUUGUCUGGCUCACUUAUAGCUAGUUCUGACAGUGAUGGUUGUUUGAAAAUUUGGACUGCUGCACCAUCUCCUAAAGUUAUUGGUUCUACAAAUUUAAAAAAAGUAGUAUUCAGUCUUGACUGGCUGAAAACUAAUGAUCGCUUUAUACUACUAGGGUGUGAUGACUGUACAAUAAUUUUGUAUGAUGCCAAAGAAAUGAAGAUCUUAUGGGAAUUGAAUCCUUUCAAACAGUCAUCUAAUUUAAGAAUUCAAACAAUUAAAUGUAGUCCUACAGACUCUACAUUUGUAUGUUCCUUGGUUUCUAAAGAUAAUAAUAAAUUAUUGUUAUAUGAUCUCAAAACAAAAAAAAUGGAGAGGCAACUUAUUCUGGGAAAUGAUGAUGUGGCUGUAACAUGCUGUUCUUAUAACCAUAAUGGACAAUUGCUAUAUGCUGGAUGUACUGAUGGCUCAGUACGAACUGUUGAUCUUAGACAUAGUGAGAUUGUUGACCGAUGGACUCCACAUACAGACUGUUUAAUGUGUUUACAAUUGUCUCCAGACCACAAUGAUUGUUAUACUUUAGGAGCUGAUAAAAAAAUUUGUCGAACUAGUAUGAAUGGCAAUAAACAGUCAUGUGUUUGGGAAGUGAAUCUUAAAAAUGAUAAUCUACUCCAAUCAAAUAUGUGCUUGAACCAAGCUUUUACAAUAGAUCAAUCUGGCAGUUACAUGUUAUUAUCCCAUAGCCAAAAUAAUGGAGGAAAUAUUUAUAAAAUUACUAGCAGUGGAUUAAGUAUAGUUCUAUCAUUAAAAGAACACAGAAGUUUUCCUAUUGUUUGUGAUUGGUCAUCUCUUAAUCAGUGUGGCACAUGUGUAACUGGUUCAGAUGAUGGUACCAUAUGUAUAUCUACACUUUUAACUCCAUGAACUUAACUACUUUAUAAUUAACUAUUUAAUGAUUUUAAUUUCUUGAUUAUUGUCAAAUAUUAUAAAAUUAUUUAUAAUAUAAAUAAUUAUAUAAAUAAUACUUUAUUUACAGCAAUAUUUUACAAAAAAAAAAUUUAAUAGAUUCAUUA